CACGACCGCGACCAACACCACCGUAGCGGCAAAAUCCAUCACACACCCCCAAACCAUGUCGUACCCGGGGACUAAGCCGGACUGCCUCAAAUAUACACUCCUCCUCCCCCUUCCCCAUAUUCUGUCUCUUCUGCUGUUCCUCGUACAAUCAUGAGUGAUUGCAAUUCCUCACCACCCUCGCCGGUUCUUGCCAUGCCACCACCUCCUUCCCGAUCUACCCCCGAGGCUUCUGCAACAAUCAUGUUGGCAGCUACCGCUACAUCACCAACAAUGAACACACCUACCCUCAUCAUGCCCAUCCUAUCAGAAGUCCUAGAACGCCUAGGCUUGGUCGAGUAUUCAGAUGCCCUUGUAGAGAACGGUUUUCGCAACUGGGAAACCGUCUUGGAUAUUACAGAAGACGACCUCAUCGUCCUCAAUUUCAAGCUUGGACAUCGACGUGCCCUGCAACGAGAGAUUGCAUCUUUCCGCGGCACACCCACCUCAUUGUCAUUGGAACCCGACAGCAACCCCAGCGAACAGACAUCUCUAUCCUCCUCGGCACUGGAGUCGCUGUCAAGACAGAGCGCAACACCCCCCGUCCGAGAGAAGAGGCGGUACAGGCGACACCCGAGGCCUGACAGCAAUGCGCCCAAGAAGCCAAAAACUGCCUAUGUCAAUUUUGCUGACCAGCUCCGCACGGAUCCCGUGGUCAGCGCGCUGUCAUUUGUCGACAUUGCUCGCGAGGUAGGUAGGCAAUGGCAGGUCCUACCUGCAGAGAAGAAGCGCGUCUGGGAAAGCCAUGCAGCGCGCACAAUGCAAGAAUACGAGGCCCAAAUGGACGAGUACAAGAAAACAGACUCCUGGCGCAAGUAUCAAACCUAUCUUGCCGACUUCAGGAUACAGCAAGCACCCUCGCCCGUGUCAAAGCUUACGCGUCCCACUGCACCUCGUGUGGACUCUUUCAUUCGCACAGAAUCGUCUCGUGCUAGCUCAGCAUCGUCCGACGGCCCUGGAUCGGCACCCUCUUUCCAGUCUACAGGAACAGAGGCCGAAGUAUGCUACAGCGCCCUCACGCUUGCAUUCAACGAGCUCGUCUCGUUGAGGGGCGAAAUAUUAGACCAAGGCGUGAGACCCUACGACAUUCACCAUCUACCCGCCGAGGAUCUAAUGCGGCGAGCAAUGUACGCCUUCAUUCGCGGGACCGGGUCUCUCUUGUACAUGUGGACGUACAGCCAGGCCGAUGACAUUCUAGAACAGAUCUACAGGCCACAAAGGCCCGUGGACCCAAUGGCUCUCGCGGAAUGCUUCACAGUAGCUGCCAUGGGCGCGCACUACGACAUUGACUGCUUUCCUGAUCGCAUAAGGAAGACAUUGUAUGCAUCGGGAACAUUGCACUUCCACGAGAGCAGCGCGCGGUUGGAUUACAUGCGCACGAUGAGAUUGCUCCUUUCCAUGUCUUUUUAUGCCCUGCUCGAGAAGCACAUGAGCGCGCGCUAUUUGAUUGCCGCCGGUUUGCAGAUCGCACGCCUGAAGCGUCCAUCAUCCCGAUCUGGGAUCGAUGGGAUCGGCGAUAAUUGGAGACGGGUCUUUCGAAGUCUGAUCUUCAUGGAUUGCUGGCUCUCAUACACUUUAGGGUACACAUCAGAAGUCACGCAAGAAGAUAUAGCAGUUGCUUGCACGUACGAGCAACACAUGCUAUCCAUGGACGAAACCAUUCAUAUCCAGACGAGCAAAAUCAAUCUCGUUGCCGCGGAGAUUUCCAAAACUCUUGCAUCUCCAGAACUCGUCACACGUGCCAACAUCGACAUGCUUAUCAGCAAGCUCGAAGCCUGGCGGGCAGAGGUGCCACCUGCAUUGCAGCUCGCCGUUCUCACGUCAAAUACUCUGUCCAGUCUGACGCUGUACCAAAGGCGAGCCAUACUGAUGGUACAUAUCAUGUACCUUGGCGCUCUGAUACUUGUGUACAGGCAGUUGCUGAUAGCAACGGCGGAGACGCAACUCACUGACGGUGCUGCCUGGAACAUCGAUGUUUCCGUGGAAGACGCCAAGAGAUAUCGUUACGAAUGUGCCAUGGCUGGACAGCAAAUUGCCCGCAUUCUCAGCCUCAUAUCCUUUGACGGCACACUCACCAGGCGGUGCUGGAUCAUCAUCUAUUGGGCGUUCAACGCAUCCAUUGUGCUCCUAUUCAGCGCGACGACGAAACUCCUAGAUGGACAACCCGACGGAGUAGAGAUUGAUCUCGAUUACGCCAAAGGCUGCAUGGACAUUCUAGAAUCAUGCCGCAGCUUCGAGCCCAUCGCCAGCCGGUAUCUCGACAUGGUGUGGCCGCUGUACGAUUCCCUCCGAGACAUCCACCAACGCAUGGUUGGCCGGGCUAAGACGCGCAUCUUCAUGCUCCUCCAGACAGAUCCGUCGAUGCUCAGCCCGCCAGUUCCCUUCAGCAAGGCUGAAAUGACGCCCAUUUCGGAGAAACUGAGCGCACUCAUCACAGACCCGUUCGGAAGGAAACAGCCAGUGGACGACGGCGACAGCACGAGGCGUGUUCUGAAUGCAGAUGGGUCGUGCUCGGUGUUCUGGUGGAGAUAGGAAACUCAGCCUGUUAGUUUGGUAAAUUUUACCAUGCUAUUGGAACUGCACAGGACGCGCAUGCAUCCGCGCGGCGACAUGAGGCGAACGUGUGCCUGCGUCUGAACUACAGAUGCUGCGGAAGCGAACAUCGCGUGGCUUCCCAUCUUCCAGGGCUAUGGAACCUAGACUCUCGGUUCUUUUCACUCUGAACA